GGUGAAGCGGUGGAGCUCGCGCAGGACGAGGCUGGGUUUAUACUGUGCACGCGCGUCUAGCAGCGCGCGCGCUCUCCUCAGUGCGCGUGUGUGAGAGAGCCGGGGAGGAAAAUGCGAGGCAGCGGCGGAAGCGGCGGCGGCGCGCGCGGGGCAGGUGGCUGGCCGACCUGAUGCUCCAGAGAGAGAGAGAGAGAGAGAGAGCGCGCUGCAGUGCUGCCAUGCCUCUGUAGCCGGGUGUGUGUGUGUGAGGAGCGGUGUGAGCUGUGAUCGCCGCCAUGCUGCCGGGGGUCGGUGUGUUCGGCACGAGCCUGACCGCGCGCGUGAUCAUCCCGCUGCUGAAGAGUGAGGGCUUCUCCGUGGAGGCGCUGUGGGGCCGCACGCAGGAGGAGGCCGAGGAGCUGGCCAAGGAGAUGGACGUGCCCUUCUACACCAGCCGCAUCGACGACGUGCUCCUGCACCAGGAUGUGGAUCUGGUGUGCAUCAACCUUCCGCCGCCGCUCACGCGCCAGAUCGCCGUCAAAACACUGGGUAUUGGCAAGAAUGUCAUCUGUGACCGCACAGCUACACCGCUAGACGCCUUCCACAUGAUGUCAGCAGCGCAAUACUACCCCAAGCUGCUGAGCAUUAUGGGUAAUGUUCUACGUUUUCUUCCAGCCUUCGUACGCAUGAAGGACUUGCUAGAGGAGGGCUAUGUGGGAGAACUGCUGGUCUGCGAGGCACAGGUCCACGGAGGCAGCCUCUUGGGCAAGAAGUACAACUGGAGCUGUGACGACUUAAUGGGCGGUGGAGGACUUCACACCGUGGGCAGCUACAUCAUUGACCUGCUCACGUUCCUGACCAGCCGGCGCGCCAUCAAGGUGCACGGCUUCCUCAAGACUUUCAUUAAACAGACAGACCACAUCAAGGGCAUCAGACAGAUCACCAGUGAUGACUUUUGCACUUUUCAGAUGGUGCUGGAGGGUGGAGCCUGCUGCACCGUGACGCUCAACUUCAACGUGCCGGGUGAGUUCCGGCAGGAAGUGGUCGUGGUUGGAACAGCCGGACGGCUCACAGUGAGUGGCACUGACUUGUACGGACAAAAGAACAGUGGCAUGGGAGGCCGUGAGCUACUGCUCAAGGACAGCACACCUUUAGGCAAUGCCUCGCUGCCUGACAAGGCCUUCAGCGACAUCCCUGCGCCCUACCUCACUGGCACCAUCUGCAUGGUCCAGGCUAUACGACAGGCCUUCCAGGACCAGGAGGAUCGGCGGACUUGGGAUGGCCGGCCGCUCACCAUGGCCGCCACUUUUGAGGACUGUUUGUAUGCUUUGUGUGUGGUGGACACAAUCAAGAAGUCCAACCAGUGUGGCGAAUGGCAGAACAUUGUCGUGAUGACGGAGGAACCUGAGGUCAGUCCAGCCUAUCUAAUCAGUGAGGCCAUGCGACGCAGCAGGAUGUCGCUGUACUGCUAGAGCUGCUUGACUCAUGACUGAAUAAAUAUGAUCGGACUUAAGAAAUGAAUGACUGGAAUUAAAUCAAAGCCUACUGAAUUUUAUGGUUAUAAAUUGUUCAGAAAUGCAAAACAGCAAUAUACAGUACUCUUUCCGCUUUCUCUGAGUGGCACUGCUUCUGGAUUAAAUCACACUGGAUUCACGGAGGAAGAGUGGAAAUUAUACAGAAGAUAUUUUCAACACUGGAGAAUACCACUCAAAAAACAAAAACAUUUAGCUGUGGCAAACAUGGUCGUGUCCUUCUUGCAUGGUGACGGAUGUGCAAACCCAGUGGGCUGCCCUGUCUGUGUCCUGUGUGUAGAACAUUACAAAAAUCAAUAGUUUGGCUGGUAGGCCUUUUAGAGAGGAACACCCUUCUGGUCAAUUACACAAUAAAUCUGCCUAGAUAUGCUUGUGUGUCUGAAAUACAAAGGAAUGGCUAGUUUUUUUUAGCUAAGUCUGCACAGAGGACAGUGUAAUCCCAGCAUGCUAGCGCAACUCUACUGUUCUUUUAGGGUUUUAGGCACAAAUUCUGUUCUUCAGCUCUUAUAUGAAGCUUGUUUCUGAGCUUGACAUAUUCAGCAUGUGAUGCAAAACCAAACGGCUCUUGCAUGCAUAGACGAGGGCUACAAAUCACAUCUCAAACAAUCAGCAAUGGCCGCUGGUUAGAUCAGCAUGGGUAGGUGCUCCAGCAUGCAGCCUCCUGCACUGUCACAGUGUUGCAGUUGGGAAUAAUUACUAUAAUUAAGAUCUCAGCAAACAAGUGGUAAAUAUGGCAGACGUACAACAUAAAGCAGAAAAGUAAACACCCCUUUUGUUUUACAAAUUCAUGGUUAGCACACACUAAGUGUCAUUGAGCUGUUACAACAACAAUGUAUAAUGCAUUCUGUUUACACGUCAGAUUAAUGAUGAUCUGACAGUUUAAUGCCAGUUUUACACCUCAUACCUUUUCAUCUGUACGGUAGAUUUAGGAGUACUGAUGGAUGACGUGUCAUAAUUAGAUUUUAUCUCUAGUAACAUUCUUGCACAUUCUUGAGGGCUGGACACAGCGGAGUCGAUUCUAAGCAAAAAUAUGGAUACCAAAAUCUAUUCAAAACAAUGCAAAGAUUCCUGCUUAGUGCUGUCCUGAUUGGGACAUGGUCUCAAAUUAGUUAGCUUUUUUUAGUGCAUAAUUUUAAUCGAGGCUUAAAUAUCCACUGUAUUAGUUAUUAGAUCGUUACUACAUCAUCUUCUAAUAUUGACCUACAAGCCAAAAGAUUGAUUUUUUUAUUCUGAACUCUUAUUUGUUUUGGUUCAUUUAGGCAUUGAUGAUGGAUGACAGUGCUCUAAUAUUGACCAUUGCUUCCUGUUUCCUUUUCCUGUUUCUGUUCCAAGUUGGGAAUGUCCCACUUCAGGCAUCAGAGGGGUGGUAAAAAAGGCUCAGAUGAUGAUUGUAAUUGGUGAUGAAAUAAAAUCACAAACACGAACACAAUGCAAAGACUCUCCACAGGAUUGGUAGCAAGAACUUAUUCUGAUCACUGUGUCAUUUGUUUGUACAGUGUAACGUCAUGCUACUCAUGAUGCAAUGAAAGUGAAAUGAAAGUUCUUGGCCGAAAACUGGACAAUUGCGAGAGUUCGUUUUGAACUGCCUUUUUCGUACUACAAAAUAAACUAUAUUAUAUUAAUUUAUUUUUUUCUGAUUGAUACUUAAGUCUUAAUUUAAGAUCUACAAGUUAAUGAAGUAUAAUCACCGUGGAUAAAUGGCUGUUUUGCAGCAACGAACAUAGUUAAGUUAUUCUACGAAAAUCGAGUCGUACAUGAGCUGAUAGCUGUAAGCCAUGUACGACGAGAUUGAGUGGAAUAACUGGUUUAUUCUAUCCACAUUCACUGGACUUUGAGAAACGGAGCAUUUUUAUUAUUGGCAAUAAAUAAAAACUUUAUACAAACGCUACGUUCACACUGCAAGGCUUAAGGCUCAAUUCCGAUUUUUUUGUGAAAUCCGAUUUUUUUGUGAGGUUGUUCACAUUAACAAAUAUAUGCGACUUGUAUGUGAUCCUCAGUAUGAACGAAAAGCGACCAAAAGUGUUCCGCAUGCGCAUUGCAGGAUACGACGACGUCACACGCAGUGAGCAUGGCCAGUGUUUACGGAAGUAAAACCGCCCGGUUGCGGUAUGACCCAUCCAAUCUAGCUUGAAUAGCUGUAUCUCCCCAAAUGGAAAUCAGCUCCCUAACCUCUGCGUCCUUCCAUUGAGAAGAUUCAGAACCUUCACAGCCCGAAGCGUCCCUCGCAUUGAUGUCAUGUGCGCCAUGUUGUUGUAACUUUUUUGAGAGACCCGCCGCCUACUUCAGCGCAGAAUAGUGACGUUUGUGGCUUGUUGAUGACGUGUAAGUCGGAUGAAUGCGACCUGGCGGUUCAGACUGAAGUCGCAUAUGAAAAGAGCGGAUAGGAAUCGGAAUUAGGACCACAUAUCCAAACGGCCUGGGUCGGAUUUGAAAAAAUCGGAUCUGUGUCGUUCAUAUUGUCAAUAAAAGAUCGGAUACAGGUCACAUAUGGGCGAAAAGAUCGGAUUUGAGUCACUUCAGCCUGCAGUGUGAACGUAGCCAAAAUGUCCGACAAAAUCAUUUCCGCUUAGAAUGUAAACAAGCUGGCCAAAUGACAGUAGCAAUUUGUGAAAAAUGUUAUAAUAAUAAUUCUUGAACAAAAAAAAACAUACGUUCUUGUCUUUAAAUACUUUAAUUCCAUAUCUUCUUGCUUUUUUGGUAUUUUUUGGGGUUUUGUUUUGGAAUAGAGUUUUUAUUUCGUCCUCAGUUGGUUCAGCAACACGCGCCGCCAUUUUGUUUUUCUCUACUCAUGGUAUACGAGCUGAUAGCCUCGUAGUAGAGUAGCCAAUCAGAGCACACGAUUGCUCGUAUCCAGUGAAUGUGGAUAGAAUAAAAAUUGUUACACAUACAGGUAGUGUUUGAAACCAUGAUACACACACAGCGCAAAUCUAGCACAUAAUGAAUCGGCUUUAUGAUAGUACAGAGUUGCCAGAUUGGAUGCAGUUUCCAGUUCACUACAAAUCAGCUGAGAAAUUUAAUGAUGAAAAAUGACAACAGAUCCAUGGACAUUUUGCUUAGGCUCAGAGUGAUUACAUAUACCCCCCAGCUAUAAUUUAGGGGAUUGGAUUUGGUAGGAUUGGGGAUUAUUCCUAAUCUGGCAACAAUGUACAAGUGCUUUUAAAUGAAUAAACUUAUUUGUAGUGUCAUAUUUGAAUAUGCUGGAUGAUUUAAUUAAAAAAUAAUUAAGCCAAUAUAACUUUUCUGUUAACUUUUUGCAGCAUUUGUGCUCUUUCUUCCAAGAACCGGAUGUGUUGUGAACGUUUUCGGCCAAAAAUUUUCAGUGGGUGAAAUUUCGAAGCAUCCUUAGAACCACUGUAAUAAAUAUUAUGACCACUUAUUCACCUGUUUUUAGAAGUGUCAUGGCAAAUGACCGGUCAAAAUUGAUUCUAAGAAAUUUAUUUCGACAUUUUGUCAAAUGUGAGAUUUUUUUUUUUCUUUUUAAGCUGCCUGUGAAAAACAUCUGCUGUAAAUAAGUACAGACACUUUUAUACAUGCUGUGCGUAAUAUAGACUUAUUUAUUUUUGUGUGUCUUGGUCGAGAGGUGCAUUGAAGCUGUUGAUUUAGACGCUUCUCCAAGAGAGGUACAGCACUUCCACUGUGAUGCUACUGUUACUGUCAGUGUGUGACCAGGAUCUGACUGUUUUGUUUUUGUUUCUCAGUUUCACAGCUGGUAAUUCACACAGUAUAAUAUAUAAUAAUUCUAUGAGCCUAUACAGGAAAAUUGCCAUGAAAAUCAUCUCUGGAUGUGCAUAUUUAUAACAUUUGCUUCCUAAAAUGCCUCUUUUUUUUGCUCUCUUGCUUCCUCCUGUACUUGAUAUUUGUGCUUGCGUGCAUGCUCGUCUUAUAACCCUAAAAAAUGGAUAUCGUUUUCAGUGACCUUUCAGCUCCGUCUCUAUAUCCUUUUCGUUCACUCCACUUUGUGUACAAAAUGCACAAAUAGAACAAUCGUCAGAAUGUGAAUCAUGAUGAGUCAAGUCAAGUUUAUUUAUAUAGCGCUUUUAACAACAGACAUUGUCGCAAAGCUGCUUUACAGAAUUUGAAUGACUUAAGACAUGAGCUAAUUUUAUCCCUAAUCUAUCCCCAAUGAUGAAGCCUGUGGCGACGGUGGCAAGGAAAAACUCCCUCAGACGACAUGAGGAAGAAACCUCGAGAGAAACCAGACUCAAAAGGGAACCCAUCCUCAUUUGGGCGACAACAUGAUUAUACUAUUAACAGUUUUAACAUGAAGUCAGUUUCGUUGAUGUUAUAACUCUGAUGAUAAGACGACAGGCUUAACAUGCUUCAUCUUCUAUCGAUGUUUGUUUUUAGAUUGAUCUUAAACUGGAAAAAGUUCACAUUAUUCAUGUCUGGGAUGUCCUUAUGACCAAAUGAAAAGAAGCCCGGAUGUAAAUUUGAUGUGUCCUGCAGCCUCGAUUAGAUCAGCUUUCUGUUUAAUAACCUACCGGUCACAGCUCCUGUUCACUUCUCUAAUUGAGCUGAUGACUUCAAAUCAUGUUUUCUUGGAGCAGAAAUGGGCUGAAAACUAUUCGCUACAGGAUAAAGAUUAGGAUAAAGACCUCGACAGCUAAUCCACUUAUCAGCACCAAGCAUAUAUGAGUAACGCUCAUCAAAGCAGCUUUUGAUGAUUUGUGAGCGUUGUUUAUGAAGUCGGCUCUUUCGUAGAUGCAAUAUGAAAAUGUUUAAAAUAAAAAGAGAUGCUGAUUACAGGCAAACUCGACUUUGAGGAUUAGAUCAUGAAAUCUCUGCAUUAAUUUGAUAUCAGAAUAGACCGAGAUCUUAUCCAAAUUCACAUAAGGCAUCGUUUCAAAUUUUAUUAUUUCCUCAGAUAUCCAGAGAUGAUUCCUGCAGCGAUAUGUAAAGAUUGUAUUAUUAUUAUUAUUAUUAUUACUUAAACAGGCCAAAUUAUAUCACCAAAAAUUAUGUCUUUGGAAAUGGGAUAAAUUAAAGAUUGAUGUUGGUCUCUAAUUUGAAUAUGGUUUACAUUUGCAAACAAAAAAAUGACAAAAAAAAAGGUUUGUUGAUGUAUUAGUGUCUCCACCUUAUAGCUCUGUCCUCAUACAGCUGCUGUAGUAACGCAGUUAUGCAAAUAGUUUGCAGAUUGCAGAUGUAACUGGAAUAAGUGUGUUGUUAUUGUAUCAUCAUGAGGUUUCACCCUAAAAAUAUAUCAUACCUGUGAUUACAAAUCUA